AUCAGGUCAAAAUUCAUUUUUGUGCUGAUACCUACUCUUUAUUCUUAAGAAUAUUUGAUCAUUUUCAUGCAUAGAUUCUGAGUUUCUGCUAUGCUUGGUAGUUCUGUUUCAAUCAAGAAAACUGUUGUAUUUUUACUGGAUACUAGAAAUGGAUGCUGAAACAGUGGUGCAUACCGGAGGUUGCCAUUGCAAGAGUGUGAGGUGGAAAGUGGUUGCUCCUUCAAGUAUUGUUGCAUGGGACUGCAACUGCUCUGACUGCUCCAUGAGAGGCAAUACUCAUUUUGUUGUGCCUGCUGUCAAUUUUCAGCUUUUAGGGGAAUCUUCCAAGUUUAUUACAACUUACACCUUCGGCACUCACACUGCAAAGCACACAUUCUGCAAGAUCUGCGGUAUAAGCUCGUUCUAUCAUCCGCGGUCAAACCCGGAUGGUGUUGCGGUUACUUUCAGAUGUGUGGACCCUGGAACAUUGACUCACGUUGAAGUCAGGAAGGCUGAUGGCAAGAACUGGGAGAGCUGGUUUAAUCAGUCAGACAUCUCUUCAUUUUCAAAGGUUCAGAAGUAACUCCCUACAAGAACUAGGACAUAGAUGAGAUCAAUAGUCAUCUUGAAGAUAUUUUUCCUUCCACUUCUUUUCUGCUUUUGCAUUACUGUAUGUAAGUGCCCGCAGAUACUCGAACAUUAUGAAUAUGGAUGUGGAUUUGGUAUCCCAAACCAACAUGCUCACAAUUGACCAAACAAUAAGAAUAAAAAGAAAGAGUCAUGAACAAGUUACGUCUCUUUUACCGAUAUACUUGCUUUAGAAUGUUUAUGCUUCCUUUAUAUGAGAUGGGAAGAGAGACGAGUUUUCAUAUUUGUAUUAAUGACUGUUAUGGUAUGUUGGCAAGUGCUCUGAAUAGCAUAAACACUUAAUUAUAUACAAUAGCAAAAGCCGAUAGUUAGCCAUACGAAUUUGACCAUUUGGUUUUCUCGCAUGGAAAAUUUUCAUGGUAAGAGUGAACUUCACAAUCAAUCGGGUAACCCGAAAUUGUACAUGGCAAUAAUUCUACAAAAUAGUUCUUUUACACUGCAUAUUACAAUGGAAUAGAUAAAGCCUAAUUUAAUUUUAUUAGGUACUCUCAACAACCGAGAAACU